AACACGGUUUUAGAGUUGGCAACCCCGGACCGCGACGCGACGCCAUCUUUUAUUUAUUCUAUCGUGGUGCGCGUCCUUCUGUGAGUUAGCUGACGGAAAUAUGGUUCAGGGUUGUUUUUGCCCAUGCCCCAUCAUCUGCCGCGAUCCUGGACAAGUUGGCGAUCAACAACAGGAUCCGGCCUGCGUGCAAUGGCCAGUGAAGUCUAUCCCAGUGCCUGUAUUAUUAUCAAGUCAUCACGCUGUCGUCGUCGGACUCGUCGGUUACAAAUGACGCGGCAGAUCUCUCUUAAGCUUAGAAAGAUGGUUGUGGCGCAGUGCUCUGCUACUUCGUGCCACAGGCCAUUCUCCAACUGCAGAUCUACGUGUCAGCGCGACAGUGCACUCACUCACCUUGUUUGGCCCGGUGGAAUUUGGUAUGUCACUUGAGGCGAGGAGGACUUGAGAAGGUGCGUCUGCGAACGGCCUUAGUGACGCCUCUUCAGCGCGACGGGUGGUCUCCUCAAAUAUGAGAAGGAGCUCGGGUCCUGCGGGCUCUUAACCGUCGUAGUAUUCACGCAGUGUUUUAAAAUAGUGUUUGUGUGUAUUAUGAUAACAUUUAUGUUCAAUUCAAAUGUCUAACUCUACAUAAGUAUUCAUAUCAUUUUUCAUUAGUAUGUGCGGUCUGAAG